AUGAGCGAAGACCAAGGUUCAUCUGCUGCGGAGGCUGUGCAGAGACAAGUUCGUGUGCAGCUCACCAGCAAGCAAGAAGAUGUUGCUCUGCCUGAAAGCACUGGUCCCAUUUUGGUUCCUACCGGAUUGCGACGAUAUGCGCUUUCGACACUGGUUAACAACCUUCUGGGAAGCGAGAAGCCGAUUCCAUUCGAGUUUUUGAUCAACGGAACAUUCCUUCGUACCUCGAUCGAUGAAUACCUGACUUCCCAUGGCAUAUCUUCUGAAACUACUCUUGAGAUUGAAUAUGUCCGAGCCCUUAUUCCCCCGCUUCACAUCGCAUCCUUCCAGCAUGACGAUUGGGUCAGCGCAACCGAUGUCCUCUCAGCGACCUCCCACGCUGCGUCCUGGGCAUCCGGCGCUACCUUUUCCAAGGGCCAGGAAAGAAUUCUGUCCGGUAGUUACGAUGGUUUCCUCCGUAUUUGGAACAUGUCUUCCGAGACCAUUGCCACCUCUCCCGCUGCCGCCGAAGGAGGACACACCGCAUCUAUUAAGGCUGCUAAGUUUGUGUCGCCAAACCAGAUCGCUUCGGCUGGGCUAGACCGGACGGUUCGCCUGUGGAAAUAUACCGAGGAUGAUGAGUUCACUGGAAAGAUCUCUCCCCAGCUAGAGCUGUAUGGACACAAGUCUGGUAUCGAAUCGCUGGCUGUGCAUGCUCCGUCUAACCGUCUUCUUACUGCUUCCUCUGACCAUACUGUCGGUUUUUGGUCGACUAAGAAGGCCGACGCCCCUGCUGCUCCGGAAGGUCUUCUCCCAUCCAACACUUCCCGGACAUCGAAGCGAAGAAAGCUGAACUCCUCUCUGAGCACCCCGCAGCGCGGCCCUCUGGCUCUUCUUUCGGCCCACACUAGCCCCGUCUCUGCUGCCAUCUUUGAUGCCAAGGACUCGACUGUUGGUUACUCGGCCUCCUGGGACCACUCUCUGCGAACCUGGGACCUGGUGACUGCUACUCUCGUUGACACUCGCACCACGUCCCACUCCCUUCUCUCUCUGGAGCACCUGCCCGAGCAUAACCUCCUGGCUGCUGGUACAUCUGCCCGCCACAUUACUUUGAUCGACCCUCGAGUAUCUGCUACAACUGUGGCAGCGCUGACCCUCCGUGGUCACACCAACGCCGUAGUGAGCUUAGCUCGCGAUCCCCACAGCACCUACGGUCUGAUUAGUGGCUCACACGACGGAACCUGCCGAAUUUGGGAUAUUCGAUCGACCAAGACCGACAAAGACGGCGUUGUUGGCGAGAGCGUCUACUCAAUCUCCCGAAAAAGUCUUGAGGAGGAAGGUAAGGCUGAUAGCAAGCGUGUUGGCGGUGAGGGCGUCAAGGUCUUCAGUGUAUGCUGGGACCAGACUGUGGGCAUCGUGAGCGCGGGUGAGGACAAGCGGAUUCAAAUUAACCGUGGUGAAGGAGUUUUGUCCUCGAUGAAGGAGUAG